UCUUCCAACGAAGGCGGAAGAAAUUAUGGUUGUUUGCUUUUGUACCUGAAAUACGUGCUGCUGCUUCCGCAAACUGGGAUUUAUUUAUUUUUUUAUUUUAGUCCUUAUUGUAAUAUUUUAGAUACGUAGACGCUCUCGUGUACAGCCAUGGAGGACCAAAAUCAGGACUCUCCAGGUUUUUCAACUCCUGGUACUGUAAAAUCAAAGUUGGAUGCACUGUCAAAAGAAGAUCUUGUAAAGUUUACAAAAAAACAGAUGGCAGUGUUACAGAAAGUCAAAUCAAAAUGUGCAGAGCUAGAGAAAGAGGUCCAGGAGCUUAAAGACAAAACACAAGCUGGAACAGAAGAAGCAAUAAUUCAGGAGUUGACAGAGAGGAUGGAUGCUGUUCUUCUGGAAAAGGCUGAAAGUCAGCAAAGAUUAGCAGUGCUACGAAAAGAAAGUGAAAAAGCGAAAAAAGAAGCACAGGAAGCCCAGGAGAAACUAUCUGAGAUGCAGCAACAACUUGACCUAUCCAGAGAAGACCAGCAAAAGCAGAUUGAAGUUUUAAAAAAUGAUUUAGAAUCACUUAAAUUGAAACAUACUGAGGAGGUGGCUGAUUUUCAAAGACUUGUACAGGAAUCUCAUGAAAAACAAGAAAAACUUACUAAUGAGCUGGAACUCCGCAAUAGCCAUGAAAGUGAAAUAUCUGUACUAGAAAAACAGGUCAAGAUGGAUCAGGAACAUUACUUGGAACAAAUUAACAACUUAAAGCAGCAACUAAGUUUCUUUGAGAAGGAAAAGGAUGUAGUACUCAAAGAAAGUCAAAGAACAGUGAUGGAAGAAUUGAAGAAAGAGGUUGAGGUUCUUCAUGGAGAGCUGUUGAAUAUGAAGGUUGCUCAUGAUGAUGAAUUAAAAGAGUUAAGGGAUCAACUAGAUACUGCAGCUACCGAGUAUGAAGAAGAGAGAGAGAGGCUCUUGCGUCUUAUAGAGGACCAACAACAACAGUUAAUUGAGAAAGAAAAAAAUCUUCAUGAUGUGAAGGAGGAAGAAGAAGAAGAGGAAGAAACUAAAAGAGACUUGGAAAAAUGCCAGUCAGAAGGGUUUGUCUGUGAGAAGCAAGAUGAUGAAAUGUCGAAGCUAAAGAUGUCAGUAAAUGGUUUACAGUCACAACUAAGCAUCCUUCAGGAUGAAUUAACAUACUUGAGCAAUCUGAAGUUAAGCCUGGAGAUGGAACUGCGGCAUACAAAGGAUGAGUUCCUUCACGAGAGGGAGGAACUGGAGUUUAAGGUUAAUGAAUUGCAACUCUACAAGGAAGAUGCAGAAGGUAAUGUAGCUAAAUGUAAAGCUGAGCUUCAAGCCACUCAUGAUUCCUGGGAAGUGGCACUAAAUCAGCAUCAGGUUGAACUACAGGCUCUUCAGGAGCAGCAUCAGAAGGAGAUUGCAUCUAUGGAGAAAACUUUGCUUUCUUCUAAUGAAAAGGAAAAGGCUCAACUUUUAGCUGAAAUAAAGGAGCUCAAGACUCAGUGUGAAGCUCUGUCAUACGAAAAAAGGGAAGCUGUCAGCAGUUAUGAAAAAACCCAAGAAAUCCUACAAAACCUUCAGCUUGAAUUGAGUGUUACCACUGAAAAUGUGGCAAAACAGUUCAAUGCUUUGAAGGAGCGUGGAGCAUCUGAAAUCCAUGAACUUCAACAGAAGCUAAGGGUUGCCUAUAAUGAAAAGGACAGCCUUCUUGAGACAAUUAAGAAGCUGGAGUGUGAGGUAGAAGCAGCUUGUCAGAAUGCAACGGAAGAGUUUAAGCUUUCUUUAAGCAAGUGUAAAGAGGCAAACACAGAGUUAACUUCUCAGCUUCAGCAUAAAGACAUAAACAUCCAAGAGAUUAAGGUAGAGAUGGAAGCAUUACUUUUGGAAAAGGAGAAUAUUACUGUCACAUUAAAGAAUUCGGAGAUAGAAGUUGAAAGGCUUAAAGAGCUUUUGCAUAAAGAACAGAUACAAAGUGGUGAAGUUCAGCAGAAGGUAGAAGAUCUUAAAGAGGACUUGGAAAAAUUAAAGCUAGGCAUUGAAGAUAAAGAGAACCAACUAAAACAUGUUACUGUAGAAAAUGAUAGUCUUUGCAGGCAGCUGGAAUGUAUGGAGAGCAAAUUGCAGGACAGUUCCAUGGAGAAAGAAAAACAUCUUUUGGUGUUUAAAGAAGAAAUGAUACAUUUGCAAGAAGAGCUAAGAGUCAGUCAAGAAGAAAAUUUAAACCUUAUUCAAUGUAAAGAGAACAGUGAAGAUCGGGAGAGGUCUUUGCAAUUGGUGUUGCAAGAGAAAGACAUACUGAAGAAAAAUGUAGAGGAAAAGCUGCACCAACUAUCAGAAGUUAGAGUUCAAGCCUUGAAGUUCUGGCAGCAAGAUCCUUGUUUACAAAAGAUUGACUGUAAUGAAGAAAUAGAAGAGGAUGCAUCCCUUUUGAUUCAAAGUCUCUUAUCAAAGAUCUCUGAUGAAAAUCAGAGAGUUAUUUUGCAAACAGAUGAGCAAAUAGCACAGCUACAAAAUGCUAUUGAAAGACAAAAAGAAGAAAAUCGACUACAGUUUUCAGAGCAUCAGAGUUUUAUUGAGGACUUGAGUAAAGAAAGAACUCUUUUAAAGGAAAACCUUGAAGAAGUUAUUGCAGAUAAAGAGGGCCUGCAGAGGGACUUGAUAGAGAUGCAGAAUAGAAAUGAAAAGACUAGGGCUGAAAAUGAAGCUCUGCUUGUGCAAAUUGGGGAACUCUCUGAAAAGAUGAAGGUGGCUGAAUGCAUCAUUGAAAAAGAACAGAAAGUGACCAGUGGUUACGUGGAAAAAGACUUGCAGAAUACUCUGGCAGAAAAGGAGAAGGAAAUUUUAAGUUUACAGCAGGAAAUUUCAGCUUUAAAGGAAGCUGAACAGAACUAUUUAGUACCACAAGACUCCAAUGACAAAGAGUUAAAAGAAAAGUUAGAAAAAGAACUGCUUGAUAAAGAUGAAAAGAUGAAUAAGAUAAAAGCUGUGGCUGUAAAGGCAAAAAAGGAACUAGAUGCUAGUCGGAAAGAAGUUCAAGCUUUAAAAGAAGACCUGGAGUCUGUAAAAUCUAACCGUGAUCGACUCUCCUGCUCCAUGAAGGAUGUAAUCCAAAGUGCAGAAAGUUACAAGAAUCUUGUAGCUGAAUAUGACAAGCUGACUGAACAACUAGAUCUAGAAAAGCAAAGAGCAAAUAAUUGUGAACGUCAGGUUGGAGAAGUUAAAAGUCUUCUGCAAGCUGCUGUCCUGCAGGAAAACCAGUUGAGAUCAGAAAAUGAGGAUUUUGCUGCCCGAUCUGAAACACUGCAACACAAUGUCAAGCAAUUAGAAGUACAAAUUAUGGAUAUUCAGAAGGCAAAAUUGUUUUUGGAAAAAGAACUGGAAGGAGAGAGACUUCUAAAGGAGCAAACAGUUAAGGAUCACAGUACAGUAUUAAAAGAAGUUGAAGACCUGCAAAGUCAACUUCAGAAGCAGAAGCAACAGUUUUCUCAAACAACUCAGGAGCUGGAACAACUGAGGAAGGGUGCACAGCAAAGCACAUUAAUGGACAUUGAAAUUGCAAAUUAUGAUCGUCUUGUUAAAGAACUGAAUCAGAAGAUUUCAGUGAAAGAGAAACAGAUUGAGGAGGACAUGGAGGAAAUAAAUAUGUAUAAGCAAAAACAAGAGAAUCUGCACGAGGAAAUAACAUCUUUGAAGUCUCUUCUAGAACAAGCUGAAGAUAAAAACACUAAGAUUAAGCAGCUUUUAGUUAAGACGAAGAAGGAGCUCUCAGAUUCAAAAAAAUGUGAAGCUGAUCAGUUGAUUGUCCAUGCAGGUUUGAAAGGGGAGCUGGAGGCAUGUCAGCAGCAGCUAGAAGACUUGAAGCUUCAGUGUGCCGAUCUUACCGCAGAUAAACACAAAUUACAAGAACAGUUGAGGACAAUGGCAGAGCAACAUCAUCGUGCAACCAAUGCGUUUCAACAGAAAAUCACAGCUCUGCAGGAAGAGUGCAAUACUGCUAAGGAAGAACAGGCUUCAACAGCAGCAGAGUUUGAAAAUUACAAAGUCCGUGUUCACAAUGUGUUGAAGCAGCAAAAGAAUAAGUCCUCAUCACAAAGUGAAAAUGAUGUAUCCAAACAGGAAAGAGAAUAUUUAGAAAAGGUGAUGGAACAGCUCAAAGCUAAGUUGCAGGAAACUCAGAAGAGCCUGAAACUGAACACAGAUGAUCUCCAGACAUUGCAGAUGGAACAUGACACUUUGUUGGAGCGUCACAACAAGAUGCUGCAGGAGACUGUAGCCAAAGAGGCUGAACUGCGGGAGAGGGUUUGCACAGUUCAGUCGGAGAAUGCAGUGCUGAAAUCGGAACAUAACCUAAUGCUGAGUCAACUAACAGCCCAGAAUGAAUCUCAGAGGAAUACCUUCCGGGAUCAGAUGCGCCAUCUUCAGGAAGAUCACAGAAAAACGGUUGAGACACUGCAGCAACAAGUCAAUAAACUGGAAGCUCAGCUGUUCCACUUACAGAAGGAGGCUACAGCAGCAAGUCCUCCACCAGGUCAGCAGCUAAAGAAGAGUCUUCAGGAGAGGAAGUAUACAGAUCAAACAGUCUGUGAUCUGCAGUCUAUGGCUAGAGAGGAGGGAGAAGGAAUGGAAACUACAGAGACAGAGUCUGGAUCCUUGAUGAUCACCUCCACACCAUCCCUAGAGCAACUUCUGAACUCACCUGAGCCUAAAACAGAGCCAUCAUUAUGGCAGGCAGAGCCCAGUAAAGAGCAGCUGACACAGAAGCUAAACAGUGCAACUAAGAAUAUUGAUCACCUGAAUGGACUGCUUCGAGAGUCGGAAGCCACAAAUGCUAUAUUGAUGGAACAGAUCACGCUUUUAAAGAAUGAAGUCAGGAGACUUGAAAGAAAUCAAGAACGGGAGAAGUCAGUGGCCAACUUGGAGUACUUGAAGAAUGUCCUGCUACAGUUUAUAUUCCUUAAAUCCAGUAGUGAAAGACAGGCACUCCUCCCUGUCAUCCAUACUAUGCUGCAACUGAGCCCGGAGGAGAAGAGUAAACUGUCAGCGAUAGCACAAGGUGAAGAUGAAGCAGCUUCGACAAGCAGGUCGUCCGGGUGGACAUCGUAUCUUCACAGCUGGUCAGGAAUAAGAUGAGAGUGUUUUUUUUUGUUUGUUUUGUUUUUCUUUUUUUAUAUCUACAUGUAGUUCCGAAGACACUGUACAUUCCAUAAUUUUCACUGUGAAUUUCUGCUGUGUGACUCCCACCCCCCUUUUGUCAAAAUUAAUUCUGAAGCAGUUAUUGCUUUCUUUAUGUUAACCCUUUUAAAAAGGAAGUUAAUUUUAACUUUAAAAAGGUACUUUUUCACUUUAAAUUAUCUUAAAUAUUGGAAAUAUUUGACACAAAGUAUUUAUUGAUUAUUAUUUUUCAGUCUUUUCUAUUUAGACACCUUUAUUAUAUUAUACAUUACUGGUAAAUCUGCAAUUUUUGUUAUUAAUUUUAUUUAACUUUAUAAUAAGUUCUAUGUGUGUGUCCAGUUGCUUUAAAGCAUUGUCUCACUGAAGGACGUUUAUAGCUUUCUCUUUCAGCAUUCACAGUUUUUACCCCCUAUUUCUUUUUGUUAGAUUUCUGAGGUUAUUAUCUAUUUUAAGAUUAAUUCAAUUAUCAGUAAUUAAAAACUAAAAAUUAUUUAAUAUAUGCUAUUGUGACAUAAAUGAAUGCAGCCUUUAAUGCAUUUUCUAUGACAGGAAAACGUGGCAGUUGUGAAGCCAUUGUCGGCAUCACUUAUCUUUACGUUUUUGUCAUUCGUUAACACUAUGAAGCUCCUGUCCAUCUUUUUAGUAUUUAAAAUUGUUUCUUUGAACAAGGCAACAUUGUGUUAAAGGUUUUUGGGAAGUUUCCUUUUAUUGCAUAUCAGCCUUUCAGUUUCAGAAUUUUCAUCUGGGCAUUGAUUUUAAAUAAAUGAAAAUUCUAAUAACUGAAACUGUUUACAUUGUAGAAUCCAAUUACUUGAUUAACUUAACUAAGGCAUCAUCUCUGUAUUUUUGUAAUGCAUUACUUGAGUAAUUAAAUAAUAUAAAUCUUGUUAGACUAAUUUAACCAGAAAAUUCUGUAAGCUCUGAGUUGCAUAGGAGCAGUUGCAAUCCUGCAGAAGGAUUCCAGUUUUUACAGGUUGUGUGACCGUAACAAUUGCAGGCCUGAAGGUUUGGUGUUUUAUUACAGUUAACGAAUAUCACUCUCUAAAGUGUAUCCUUAAAGUAUGUCGUGUUCUUUGGUUAAUAACUGACAGGACUGGUCAUGCUUCACUAAAAACCAGUGAGGUGGUCCCACUGCUUUUCAGCUAGCGCAGUCCUAAGGUCCUUUCUCUUCCUGCCAUUGCACUUUUCUGGCAGCACGUCUUCUCGGAGAAAGGUGACGUGGCCCAAGAUUAACUCUGACAGGCAGGGAUUACCCAUUAGCCUGUCGUAGGCUCCAGUGAAGCCAGGAGGGCCAGGCACGAUGGCAUACUGUAUAUUGAAGCAGUGCCUUGUGUGUUUUACACAAGAGCUCCUAAAGCCUGCAAUAUAACAAGGAAGUACAAAUCGUGCCGUCAUGUUUCGGCAGUGGUCUCCUGCCCCCACCCCCUCGUCCCGAACAGCAGAAUAAAGUUACAGAGGCCAUAGAGUUCAAUGGGAAUUCAGUAACAAAAAGGGCUUUGAUUUAAAAAAUAAAUAAAUAAAUGAAUGAAGGAAUGUAACUUUCUUUUAGUGGGAUUUCAUACUUGAGACAUAAGAUUGGAAAUGAAGUUUUGUAUAGUAAUAGUAACAAAUGUGAAAAUUAUAAUUAUGCUUAAGGGGUCAAGCUGAUUUUUUUUUUCUUUUCUGUCAACUUAAAAUAUUUUUACUAUUUCUUUUAAAACAUUUGUAUUCGUUUAGCAUUUUUGCACUGUGAAAUUUAAAAAGAAAAGCCAAAACAUGUUUAUUAAAAUCUUUGAUUGUGUUCUCGAGACUUGCUGCUUUUACACAAGACAAGACAUGGUGAAUGUGCAAUUUUUUUACAGCUCAUACUUGCCCAUACUGUGCUGUGAAUAAACAAAAUAACAAAGUA